AUCACACAGGUCCUGGUCAUGGAAUUUCGCCGUAGUGUCACCUUUCCCAGCAAUACAUUCGCGACUUAGCGGAUUGUGGAGUGUCUAGCGAUAAACACACAUUUAUUAAAACUGAACGUUCAGCCCGUUUUUGUAAGAUAUUCUGAUCCCUGAAAAAAAAUUGACAACGCGAUGUUGCUAGCCCUGGUAUGCGGCCUUGUUUUUGCUUCACGAGGGACUUCGGCAUCCAGUCUGCAGGUGCCCAUGCUGACCAUGCACACGGGUAGUCAAAAUGAGACCGUCAGCAACGACGUGACCGUAUUCAACGUCACCGUGAGCAGUCAGCCUGGAAGUAACACACUCAACGUGUCGUUUCACAUCGACGUUACUGUGUCAUUGAAAACGCAUCCAACACUUGAAGUGGCGAUUACAGAGAAAGGAUCGGAAUCCUUGAUCCCGUGUCUUGAGCACAUCGGUUCUUGUGAGUACCACCUCUGCGAUGGCAAUUCUACCAUGGAAAAAGAAAUUACGAAGGCGUGGAAUAACACAUGUCCCAUUAUGGCUGGAAAAUAUCUUGUCAACAUGACACUGGACCUUGCGAAGAACAAGUACCUGACUUCAGGAAAUACGAUGAAAAUCUUCAACUACACGUUCAAGGAUGGUGGCAAUGUCACUGGCUUUGUGUCUUUCCCCGUCGACAUUCCGCCCAUGGCAGGCUCAUCGGCCUGCCCGCUACCAGCCAUACACGCAUCGUGGAUUCUCAUUGUUUCUCUGUUGAUGCUGAGAUUUUGGUAGAGUUCAUCAAAAUGAGCUUGGACCAAGUUUGUCGCAAACAUACGUUUAUUUGUGUAGAAAAGGUCUAUGUCUUAAAAUAUUAAGAGUCCAGUGCACCUGUUAACAAGUCGUGAUCAAAGUGCAACUCCCAAAUUAAUGUCAACGAGCAAGAACUACCCGCAGGGGCGGUAUGUUGUGGAAAUGAAAUCUGCAGGUGUUUCGUCAUUCAGUUGUCAAAAACUCACCUGGUCCCCCAACCAUUCUCUUAAGACAGGAGUCUCAAACACGCGGCCCGUGGCUUCACAAGGAACAAACUUUUCUGGCUUUUCUAAAUGGUAUUCGCAUUAUUUUCUCGCCUGUUGCGAUUAAUAACCCUUUUCUCGGGGAGCUACAAAGAUGAAACUGGUCUCAAGGAUUUUUUUGCCUGAGGCAGCCCAUGCAGUCACUUUGUAUUGAAACAUCACCGUAGAACAAAAGCUAUUUCAGAAUUUUAGUCAUUCUGCAGAUAGGUAUAGUCAUGUUCAAAUUUUAGUGAUUCUGCGGAUAGGUAUAUUCAUUUUCAAAUUUUAGUCAUUCUGCAGGUAGAUCUCUCUAAACCUACGUCAAAUUCCCUCCGGAUAUCACAUAUGUAUGAGAUAUGGGAAAUGCAUUCUUUCAAAUGGCAACGUUAGGUGACAUUUUGUUCGAAUCCCUGCCACCAUAUUCGCUGCCACGGCCCCUGUGGGACUACAUUUUCGAACUGCGGCCCAAUAGUGGAGAUUAGCUUCGAGACCCCUGGCCUAAGACGUCUCGAAGCCGAAAGCUAUCUUUUGUUUUUGCUUUUCACUCGAUGUAUUGAUCCUUCCCUGGCCCCACCGAAAGCGUUCUGUACCUAAACGUGGUUUCGCACUGCCUUCAGGAUCGGACGCAUUGCAAGCUUCCUGCACUUUACCUGCUUUUCCACUGCCUCCGUGAACGGCCCACAUUUGGCCAAGUGACGAUGUCUUGUCAUGACGUCAAACAUUCUAUCAGCCUCUGACGCCAUAUUGACGUCAUUUGGUGACGUCACCACACGAUGAUUUUUGCAUCUCUCGUGUUGGCGGCGAUGACCCCGACGGUCAAUUUUCGCAUUUGAUGGGGCAUCUAAGGCUUUCGCCUUAAUAAUUUGACACUUAUCCUGUCUUUUACGUCCAUGCUUUUCUUGUUUUGCCAUUCUGGCCCCGCCACGGUGGUCUGGCGGUUAUGGCGCUCGACUGCAGGCCCGAAGGUCGCCGGAUCGAAUUCGGGCCGCGGCGGCUGCAUUUUCGAUGGAGGCAAAAAGGUUUGAGGCCCGUGUACUUAGAUUUAGGUGAACGUUAAAGAACCCCAGAUGGCCGAAACUUCCGGAUCCCUCCACUACAGCGUACCUCAUAAGCAUAUCGUUGUUUUGGGACGUGAAACAUGGCAGCUGCGAACAGCAGCUCCCAUUCACUAAACCAUCGGAUGAACAUCGAAAGUCUAAGCUUUAAAGCAGCAACUUCGUGCUUGCACCAAUGUCCUCAUGUGUUCACGUAAUGUUAUAAUUUUUAUGAUCCAAAACAAGAACGUCAUUGUACGAAAACUGUGUCCCCGUGUACUUUCUCAGUAGUUGCAGCUACCAGGCUGGCCGGAAGCGUAAAAAUCCUGCCUUGGCACAUGUUAUUUGCAUUACGAGUACAAUUUACGUUUCUCUUGUUAGCGCUGUGCAUAAUGAUGCUCAAAGGGGCCCCUAUUUUGAAACAACGAGCAGCCAUUUCAUGAAUGAGGAAUAAUUAUUGACUUAACGAAGCAAAGCAUGUGUAAAGCAACCGGAAAUUAUAUCGAACCUUUUUUAGCACGUAGCUUUACUUUAUUGGUGAAACUUCGUUUGAUAAAGAAAUAUAAUCAGUGCAUUUUUGAAAUAGAAGCCACUGCAUCAGCAUAGACAGUGUACUUGAAUGUAUUCGAAAGACAGUUUUUGCCAAGAAUAAGGUUUUUACUGUUAAAAUAUAUUCGCAAAAUUGUGGUUUGCUUUUCGCUGACAAUGUAUCCUUUUGUAGUUUUUUUUAAGGCAGCAAUGUUGUGGAUACGGUGGCUUCUUUCUUGCCUCCUCCGCUCUUAUUUUUCAUAAUUAUGUUAUUCCUUUCUGUGGGUGAUUUAUGAGGUUAUAUUAUUUUUAACGUGCCAUGACACAGAAUAUUCGUAUGGCUAGCGUUAUCCAAACAGUACAUCCCCCUGUUUUCUACUAUUUACCUUUGCGAUGUCUCUUUGAAAGGAUAUGCUUUGCAGCGUUGGUGUGCUGCUAAUUAUAUAACUGCGUAGGUAGUUUUUGU